UGGCCGAUGGUCCUGAGUCUCGUGAUCGAGUUUCUUUAAAGGAUGCAGCCACUACCGUGGUGGGGUGUGCAUCCUUUUGAUGUUUUAAGGCGGGCAUAUUGCAGCAGCAACAGCAACAGCAGUCAACAGCAAGCGGAAAGAAGUGGAACCCACUUUAUCCAAUAUGCAUAUCGCAUACCGUACCAUACGGUGUGCAACUCCGCUUGCCCCUCUCUUUUCCUUCCAGCAACAAGAGCAACAAUGAUGGAUUCCCGCGUCUCCCGCCAUGACGCCAUGGGCUUUUUUUGGUUCUUGGUUUUCUUGCGUUUGUCAACUUUGUUUGAGUUUCCCCGCAAGCUGACGAUCAAUUUAGACACAGACCCGAACUUUUCCCCCCCUCCCCUGCGUGAAUUUCGUCGGCCGAGGACAAUAUCCAAGCUGAUAUAGUAUCCGUAAUCCUGGGACAACCUCGAGUACCUCGUACAAGG